CCUUGUUACCAAACACAUUCCCCAAAGAUAACAGGAACACGCUGACCCAUCUUAAGGAUAAGGUCAGGACGACAGCAUAAUGGACCAACCUGUACAAGCGUAUUGACAUACAUUUUAAAUCGUGGACACUAUAACUGCACACAGGAUUCCAGCAGUGGUCGCAUCAGUGCCCAAUACAAAGGCACCUUGAGCAUUUCUGAGCCUGACUGACACAUCGACCACCUCAUGGCAGCUUUCAACCUCACGCCCUUUGACCCUUCAACAUUCAUCCUAAUGGGCAUCCCUGGCCUGGAAGAUGCUCAUGUCUGGAUUUCCAUCCCAUUCUUUAUGCUCUACGUUAUUGGCCUGUUGGGAAAUUUCAUGGUUCUGUUUGUUGUGGGAAAAGAGCAGACCCUGCACAAGCCGAUGUACCUGCUGCUCUGCAUGCUGGCACUCACAGAAAUCGGCACGUCUACCUCUGUUGUGCUGAAGGCACUUUGUAUAUUUUGGUUUAAUUUGAAAGGUAUUACUUUGGGUGGCUGUCUCACCCAGAUGUUCUUCUUUCAUGCAGGUACUGUGAUGCACUCAGCCAUCCUCGUGACAAUGGCCUUUGAUCGCUAUGUUGCCAUAUGUAACCCUCUGAGAUAUGCCACCAUCCUCACCAAUGCACGAAUAGCUAAGUUAGGGCUAGUGGGUUUGAUAAGAGCUGUUUUCUUUGUUCUGCCCCUGCCCCUGCUCCUGAUCAGGCAGCCAUUCUGUGCCAACCACAUUAUCCUCCAUACAUUCUGCGACCACAUGGCUGUGGCCAAAAUGUCUUGUGGGGACAUCACAAUCAACAGGAUGUACGGCUUGGUAAUACCAUUUGUAGUCAACGCGUUAGACCUGACACUCAUUGGCCUCUCCUAUGGUCUGAUCAUCAGGGCUGUCCUGAGAAUCUCCUCUAAGAAAGCCCACCGGAAAGCCCUCAACACCUGCACAGCCCACAUCUGUGUGAUGCUGAUGUCCUAUCCUUCCUUCUUCUUCUCCACUCUGACACACCGGUUCGGUCAGGGCAUCGCUCCCCAUGUUCACAUCAUCUUGGCCAACCUCUAUUUCCUCCUCCCCACCAUGCUCAACCCUAUCAUUUAUGGGAUCAAAAACAAAGAGCUUCUUGAGAAAGUGGGGAAAAACACCUGCAGAAUGUGCUCGCCUGGGAACCACUGA